AAGGUCGGGCUGGUGCAGGUCGAAGAAGGCAGGACUCAAACGCAGGAUUCACGUUUACCGAAGGUGCUCUUUAUUCACCAAACAAAAUCCAACCGAAGCCAAAGAACGGACGUGCACAAACCAGGACUGACAUGGACAAUGACGCGACAAGGGACAACAGGCACACGGGGCUUAAAUACACAAGGGAGGUGCAGGUGAUUGGACACAGGUGGAAACACUCAAGCAAUCCCAGGACAAGGCAGGAAGUGAAGUUAACCCAAGACCACAAGGAACAUGAAACUUCAAACUAAAACAGGAAGAGAGACCAAACCGUGACACCCGUAAAAUGGUAUUAUGACCGUUAUCGGCCUUUGGACUUUAGAAUUUGAACAGUAGCCACUCAGGAGGCGGAGACUGAUGACGUGUCACGAGUCCACAUAAGAAGGCAUAUUAAGAAAAGGCUUUAGAAAGAAGAGGAGGAAGAAGAUCCUGUGAGUAUGUCCUGUGCGUGUUUAGUGUGUGUUUAGUCGUGUUAACGGUCCAUGAACCUUCGCAAAGUUCCUUUUACCUUUUAGACGAUAAAACGGAAAUUAAACGAAAGUACCAGCUUAAAAACGAAAAUGCCUGUUUCCCUCCGUUCUUGCUCAAAUUAAAAAAAAGGAAAAUAUGACAGAUGCUGAUAUUCGUAAAUACGAGUACGCACACUUUUUUCACAGAGUCAACGUAUUAGAACGUUUGUCUAAAAUGACUGAAUCUAAAAGUAGUCUCAGAUAUUGCAACACCGUAAAAGCCCAGUAAAAGAUGGACCUCGAUCUGAAAUGACAAAUUAAAAAGGACAGCAGAUUGGGUCAUUACGGACAAAGUGGGUAAUUACACCACAAAAACAAUGUAUUAAACGCAGAGUGGUGGACGGAUUUCUAAAAGCUCUUUCAAAACCACUAGUCAUAAUUCUUCAUGUCAAAGUCCACCUCCACCUUAUCACACCUGCCCUUUACAGGUGCAGAGUGGCACACCUGCAGUCAAUUCCAGGACGCACCUGUAGAACCUAAUGAGACGCACCAAUAGACACUCACUUGAUAAAACAUAAGGUAGAUAAACAAAUAAAACCGCAUCUGCAAUAAAACAUUAACCACCACACACAAUCAAAAACAUGCAAACAAUAAAAAGUAAAAGCAUACAGAUACAAAACUCUAAAAAAAUACUGUAUAAUUAAAACAAAGUGGUGUCUAACAGGUUACAAACAUCUACCAGGGUAACAAGAAACGUGAAUGAAUGAAUAUAAAGACAUUCUGUGUUCAGCGCGCUCUCUGGCGCUGGUGGGCGAGACAUUAAACUUACCUUUUAGCUGAGGCUUUUAUCAAAAGCGAAAUACAAUGAGUGCUUUGAAUCAAGAGGGUUCAGAACCAGAACAAGAACCAAGUACAAAUUAUUCCAGACAGUUUGUGUACACAGAGAAGAAGAGGGGACAGUUAAGGGACAAAUAAGCAUCUUUAAAACACCCUGCUUUUGUUGCUUAAAUGCAGAGCAGUAAUUAUUCUCUACGUUUGAUAUUUAUUUGUGUGUCUUUAAAAAGGACAAAUGGAGAAAGUCAAGAAGGACAUCCUCAACAUUUUAAAGGAACUCAAGGAGGAGGACUUCAAAGAGUUCAAAUGGUACCUGGAGAACCAUCCAAGCCCAAAAGACCACCAAUCAAUCCCACCCUGUGACCUGCAGAACGCAGACAGGAUGGACACGGUGGACCUGAUCGUACGAUGCUACGACACAGACUCGGUUCAGGUGACCAUGAAGGUUUUGGAAGAGAUGAAAAUGAGCGAUUUGGCCGAAAAAUUAUCCAAAAUGAACUUUAACCCAACGGGCGAACCGAAUCCUGCAGGAGGAGAUAGAGGUCAAGAGAUUUUCACCAACUGUCAACGUGAACUCAAAUCCAACCUGAAGAAGAGGUUCCAGUCUGUGUUUGAGGGCAUCGCUGAAGCAGGGAAUACAACCCUUCUGAAUGAGAUCUACACAGAGCUCUACAUCACAGAGGGAGGGACUGCAGAGGUCAAUAAAGAACAUGAGGUCAGAAAGAUUGAAACAGCAACCUGGAAACCAGACAGACCAGAAACAACCAUCAGACAAGAAGACCUCUUCAAAGCCUCAGCUGGAGGAGAAGAACCAAUCAGAACAGUGAUGACUAAGGGAGUGGCUGGCAUUGGGAAAACAGUCUUAACACAGAAGUUCACUCUGGACUGGGCUGAAGACAAAGACCACCAGGACAUACAGUUCACAUUUCCAUUCACCUUCAGAGAGCUGAAUGUGCUGAAGAAGAAGUUCAGCUUGGUGGGACUUCUUGAUCAUUUCUUCAGUGAAACCAAAGCAGCAGGAAUCUGCAGGUUUGAAGAGUUCCAGGUUGUGUUCAUCUUUGACGGUCUGGAUGAGUGUCGACUUCCUCUGGACUUCCACAACAAUGAGAUCCUGACUGAUGUCACAGAGACCUCCUCAGUGGAUGUGCUCCUCACAAACCUCAUCAGGGGGAAGCUGCUUCCCUCUGCUCGCCUCUGGAUAACCACACGACCUGCAGCAGCCAAUCAGAUCCCUACUGAGUAUGUUGGCAUGGUGACGGAGGUCAGAGGGUUCACUGACCCCCAGAAGGAGGAGUACUUCAGGAAGAGGUUCAGAGAUGAGGAGCAGGCCAGCAGGAUCAUCUCUCACAUCAAGACCUCACGAAGCCUCCACAUCAUGUGCCACAUCCCAGUCUUCUGCUGGAUCACUGCUGGAGUUCUGGAGGAGGAGUUGAAGACCAGAGAGGGAGGAGAGCUGCCCAAGACCCUGACUGAGAUUUACAUCCACUUCCUGGUGGUUCAGUCCAAAGUGAAGAAGGUCAAGUACGAUGGAGGAGCUGAGACGGAUCCACACUGGAUUCUAAAGAGCAGGAAGAUGAUCGAGUCUCUGGGAAAACUGGCCUUUGAUCAGCUGCAGAAAGGAAACCUGAUCUUCUAUGAAUCCGACCUGACAGAGUGUGGCAUCGAUAUCAGAGCAGCCUCAGUGUGCUCAGGAGUGUUCACUCAGAUCUUUAGACAGGAGAGAGGACUGUACAAGAGCACGGUGUUCUGCUUCGUCCAUCUGAGUGUUCAAGAGUUUCUGGCUGCUCUUUAUGUUCAUCUGACCUUCAUCAGCUCUGGUGUUAUUCUGCUGUCAGAAGAACAAACCACAUCCCUGUUGUCUAAAGUCUUUGGAAACAAAACUAAACCAAAGUGUCUCUACCAGAGUGCUGUGGACAAAGCCUUACAGAGUCCUAAUGGACACCUGGACCUUGUCCUCCGCUUCCUCCUGGGUCUUUCCCUGGAGACCAAUCAGAGUCUCCUACGAGGUCUGCUGACACAGACAGGAAGUCGCUCACAGACCAAUCAGGAGACAGUCCAGUACAUCAAGAAGAAGAUCAGUGAAAAUGUGUCUCCAGAGAAAAGCAUCAAUCUGUUCCACUGUCUGAAUGAACUGAAUGAUGAUUCUCUAGUGGAGGAGAUCCAGGAGUCCCUUAGAUCAGGACGUCUCUCCACAGAUGAACUGUCUCCUGCUCAGUGGUCAGCUCUGGUCUUCAUCUUACUGUCAUCACAACAAGAUCUGGAGGUGUUUGACCUGAAGAAAUACUCUGCUUCAGAGGAGGCUCUUCUGAGGCUGCUGCCAGUGGUCAAAGCCUCCAACAAAGCUCUACUGAGUGACUGUCACCUCUCAAAGAGAAGCUGUGGAGUUCUGUCCUCAGUCCUCAGCUCCCCGUUCUCUAGUCUGAGAGAACUGGAUCUGAGUAACAACAACCUGCAGGAUUCAGGAGUGAAGCUGCUGUGUGAUGGACUGGGAAAUCCACGCUGUGAACUGGAGACUCUCAGGCUGUCAGGCUGUAUGAUCACAGAUAAAGGCUGUGCUUCUCUGGUCUCAGCUCUGAGCUCCAACCCCUCUCAUCUGAGAGAGCUGGACCUGAGCUACAACCAUCCAGGAGACUUAGGAGUGAAGCUUCUGUCUGAUGGACUGAAGGAUCCACACUGGAGACUGGAGACUCUCAGGGUGGAGCCUGCUGGAGUCCGAUGGAUGACACCAGGUGUGAGGAAGUAUUCCUGUGAACUCACAAUCGACACAAACACAGUAAACAGAAACCUCAAACUGUCUGACAACAACAGGAAGGUGACACGUGUGUGGGAGGAGGUUCAGUCAUAUCUUGAUCAUCCAGACAGAUUUGACAUCUGGUCUCAGCUGCUGUGUAGAACUGGUCUGACUGGUCGCUGUUACUGGGAGGUCGAGUGGAGAGGAGACGUUGAAGUAUCAGUGAGUUACAGAGGAAUCAAGAGGAAAGGACACAGUGACUGUGUGUUUGCAAACAAUGAUCAGUCCUGGAGUCUGAUGUGCUCUGAUGAAGGUUACUCUGUCUGGCACAAUAAGAUAAAAACACGCAUCACCUCCUCCUCCUCCUCCUCCUCCUCUGGUAGAGUAGCAGUGUAUGUGGACUGGCCUGCUGGCUCUCUGUCCUUCUACAGAGUCUCCUCUGACUCACUGAUCCACCUCCACACCUUCAGCACCACAUUCACUGAACCUCUUUAUCCUGGGUUUGGGCUGUGGUUCAGUUCAGGUUCUGGUUCCUCAGUGUCUUUGUGUCCUCUUUAGGAGGGAGAGUCUCCUCCUGGUGGAGAACCUUCCUCUCUGCUCACCACAUAGUUCAGUGUGUACAGCUGAUGGUGGUUCAUGUGGAUGUAGGUGCAGGUGGAGCAGGUGAGGGGUACCUGAGCUGGUCUGGACUCUGGGGGUCCACAGCUCUCUGGGACUCAGAUGGAAGUGUGAAAGAGCUCAGCUUAAUGCUGCUGUGCUCCUUGAAUCAAUAGAUGAUCAUUUAGAUGUUGGCUCCUAAUUAGGGUUUAAUCUUAAUCUUUAUAUGUUCAAGAGGACAUUUUAUAUAAAGGACAUCUGCACCCAGAUUAAUAGGUGUGUGCGCUUCAUUUCCACUCACGCUAAUAAAAAAAUAGUUAAUAGAAAUAUUUUGAGCUGAUUUUUACUUUUAUCUUUCAGAAUCUGUUCUGAAAUAAAAUAUAAUUUUACAUAAUCAGGUUUGUUCUGAACAAAACAUUUGAAAGCUUCAACAAACUCCUGAAGAAAAUAUUUUAUAUCCUGACAGAUAAUAUCAGGUACCUAUGUUUUUAUUCACUAUAAUACAACAUCUACUCCGUAUAUUACUUUGGGUUAAAAGGAAUCUAAUUGUAUGUUUCUAAUGUUAAUAAAUGACUUUUAUUGGAACUGUACAUUUUUAAACAUGUCUCAUAUAAACAUGCUUUCAACAUGCUGUAUUAUUUCUUUUUGACAUGAAAUACUUUGAUCCUUCUU